CAGCAAGCGGUGAUCUCUAGAAAAAACAAACACCGGAGAUGUUCCCGUUGAUCUCCCGUUAAAAACACCCACCGCUUAAAGAAGGAGCAGCGUGUGGAUGUGCGCGUGCUGGCUGCUUUAUGACCUCAGCGCAGUUUGGGAUUCGAUCUCGGGUUAGGACGGAUUCUAGAACGCCGGGCUCGGUAAGUUCCGCGGCCUAUCAGCCUCCGCCACCGGGGAUGAAGCCCGGACAGUAAGCAAGCAUCGAGGCCGGAGUGAGAGGAAACUUGGCUCCACACAUGAGGAAGCGUCUAACAAAGACAACCAAAGCAAAAGAAACCAGGAGCCUAUGGACGCCACUGACCCUGAACAAGGGCCAGAGUCGCCAUCGAAGCAGCCGUGGGAUUUAACACCCAGCUCCAAAGGACGACAACGGAAGAAAAACUCCAAAUAUUUGGAUUAUGAAACCGACGACACGGUUAAUGUGCCGCAGAGCGUGCAGCAGAAACGAGGCAGGAAGAGCUGCGGAGAUGGAGCCGCUACGAAGAAGACGCCGGCGAAGAGCGUAAAAGCAAAGAAGGCCACGAAGCAGCAGCAGGAGCAGCCGCAGCAGGAGCAGGAGCAGCAGCAGCAGCAGCAGCAGGAGCAGCAGCAGGAGCAGCAGCAGGAGCAGCAGCAGGAGCAGCAGCCGCCUACAGAUGGAGGAGAAGAACUGACAGAUAAAACUCCUAAAGAAUCUGAUGAAAUAAUAUCAGAUAAAACUCCUCAAGAAUCUGAUGAGAUAAUAUCAGAUAAAACUCCUAAAAAAAGGGGGAGGGGGAGGGGGAGGAAGACCCCGUCUAAAAAGACUCCCGCUAAAAGGACUCCUGCCGGGAAAAAAGCUCCGCCCACAUGUGAGACAGGGGAGGAAGGAGCUGUAGAGGGAGGAGCUGUAGAUGCAGCGCCGCAGGAGAACGGGACGCCGAAGCCAAAGAGGAAGUACGUGAAGAAGCAGAAGGUACAGGAAGUGGAAGCGGCUCCGUGUGAGGAACCGGAGGAGGCGAUAGAACCGGGGCGCCGGCGCAGGAGAGGAGCCGCUACAGCGGCUUUGAAGUAUCUCCACCUUUUGGCGAAGGAGGUGCUCAAUCAUCCUGCCGAUGAGUCGGGAUCCCCGCGAGGCGCCAACAGCGACGCCAGCGAACCGGAAAAGCCUCCGGUUAAAAAGCAGAAAGGUGCUCGUAAAGGCCAGAAGAGGAAACGUGGCUAUGACAGCGACGCAGCGGAGGAUGAAGACUUCGUUCCAGACGUUGACGAUGAUGAAGAUGUCGAGGAAAUGGAGGAGGAAGAGGCGGGCGACUCGGACAUGGACUUAGAUCUGUGGACGAGUCGUAAAAGUCCGGCAGCUUCUCACGUCAGCAGGAAUUAUUCUGUUAGUGCCAACGGACUCACCGCCAACGUGAUGAGGACCGUCUGGGACUCCGUCGAGACCAACAAGAAGUUCCGGGAGGAGCACCACAGCAGCUGGGUUUUCCCAGAGUGGGUCCCUUCCACCAGCCACUGGCAUCUGGUUCCUCAAAGUGAUGUGGAGAAAUAUCUGCCUCAGGAGUUUCAAUCAGCUGCUUUCAAAGUGUCCAGAGAAGGUUUGAGUAAAGAGGAGACGCCUCUGCAGAGACUCAACAGGUUUGGGUCCUUACCCGCUCACCCGGACCGCUGGGACAUGUACCUGUAUGCAGGCGGACCGGUCUGGGCCUUGGAGUGGUGUCCGACUCCCGACGGAGCUCCGGCCAACCAGUACGUAGCCGUUUCCUGCCACCGAGGGAUGGACGACCGGCACCACAUCCACAACUCCUACAGCGGAGCGGGACUCAUCCAGCUGUGGAACCUCGGCAAGCUGGAGUAUGACAGCAGACCGGACUCUCAGCCAGCGUUGGCUUACGGUCUGGCUCAGGACAAAGGCUUCAUCUGGCAUCUAAAGUGGUGUCCGUCAGGAGGCUGGGAGCUACCCAGCUGCAGCAGAAAGGCUCCUUUCCUGCCCAGAUUGGGUCUUCUAGCAGUCGCUACGUCUACCUGUGUGGUGACCAUUUACAGCCUGCCCCAUCCCGACGCUCUGCACUCCAGCUGUCAUAUCUCCAAAUCUGCGCUGCAGCCAGCCGAGGGGUUCGAACCCAGAACCUCCAGCCAGCCGAGGGGUUCGAACCCAGAACCUCCAGCCAGCCGAAGGGUUUGA